GAGAAAAACAUAAGGCGUCCUCGGACGGGGACGGACAGGGAGAGAUAUGUAGGCCAGCCGGGGGGGCAGCGCGGAUACCGACGCCACUCGGCCCAUGUUUCCCUCUCUCGAUGUGGAUAUCUCGGACGGCGGUGGGUGGGUGCAUUCCAAGGGCUUUCCUGUUUGCCAGUUUGCCAGCUUGCCCAGUUUGCUUGGACAUAAGACGGAAGGCCCGAGACCCGAUCGUGCAGCUGCAUCUGUGCCCUUGCAUCCAUGCAACCAUCCGAUGAUAGACGGGACACGGGGUUGGCAGAUCGGCACGGUAAAAAUGCUUGGUGGUGGACCGCGGCAAGGGAUACCCAUCAUGUCGUCCUUGGUCCGUCUGACGAGAUUGGUGGCGGCCAGGGCAGCAGCUGAAAGCUCAUUUUUCGCUUAUCGAGCGAACAACCCAGAGCCUUGUUUUAUGCGGGGAUGGUGCUUGAAAAGAUUGAUCUCCUCCCCCACCGCUGGGUCCAUGUUGAUAUUUCAUCUCCACGCGCGUCCCCAGUCGACGGCGUCCUUGUCCUCCCACCCUCCACAAUACACGACAACCAUCCGAUCCAGACUGGCACACUGGCCGGAUUCCGCCACCCUCUUCACCCGUUCAGCCGUUCCCGACGCUCAACACGGCUCGUUUCCAAGGCCAAGCCGCAGGCCGUCACUGUCAAGUAUUAAGCCAUGCAUGCCUAUAAGAAGCCACGGCGGCAGAGGAGGGGUGGCAGAAGGUAGGCAGUGGUAGUUAUGGCAGUUGAUGCACUUUCUCUCUUCACGAGAAGGAACGUGCACACGUACGGUGCAAUAGUUAGCGCGGGUGUGUGGGCAGAAAGCGA